AUGCCGGUCCGCGCCCCAGACAGGAAAUUAGAUGACUUCGAGGACCAUGUUUAUCAUUGCGCCAACAGUAUAAACGUAGAAAAUGAUGAAGAGCGCUGGGACAUCGAUUCGAUUGCUGCCGAUCUCCGCUUUGAAUCCGCAACUCGGGGUCCCCCAGCCCGGGUUUCAUACCUGUUGAAUGUAACCCCCAAGAUGUGUAAUGUAGUGGGAACACUCCACGGGGGCUGCGCUGCGACGUUGAUUGAUACUCUGUCGACUACGAUCCUCCUGGGUCUCUCUAAGCCGGGAUACUUCUCCUUGGGCGGAGUGAGUCGGAACCUCAGAGUCACGUACCUGCGUCCGCUCCCUAGUGGCAUGGAGAUCCGACUAGUAUGCGAGGUUAUACACACGGGGAAGCGGUUGGCGCUGCUGCGGGCGGAGAUCCAACGAGCUGAUACUGGCGCGGUCUGUGUGGUGGGUGAACACGAGAAGGCCAAUACGGACCCGGAGGGGGUUGGGAGGAUCUGA